GUGGCACGGGUGACCGUGUGGAGGUGCCACAUCCCUGUGCCCACCUUGUACCCAUACUGUACCCACAGGUGCCCGGGGUGGCCGUGUGGAGGUGCCACAUCCCUGUGCCAGGGGUGGGCGUGUGGAGGUGUCACAUCCCUGUACCCACCGUGUGUCCCCUCCUGUCCCCUCAGGUGCCAGGGCUGGGCGGGUGGAGGUGCCACAUCCCUGUGUUCCCCCUGUACCCACCCUGUCCCCCUCCUGUCCCCGCAGGUGCCAGGGCUGGGCGGGUGGAGGUGCCCCGCAGCGUGACGGCGGUGCUGGGGCAGGACGUGGUGCUGCCGUGCCGGUACCGGGCGCAGGAGCAGGAGCAGGUGGUGCAGGUGACGUGGCUGAAGCGUGGCACGGGGGGCGCGGUGCCCGCCGAGGUGGCCGUGCUGAACCCGCAGCACGGCGAGCACGUGCAGGAGCCCUUCGCCGGGCGGGUGCUGCGCCACGGGCACGGUGCCCUCGAGGACGGGGCCAUCGUGCUGCGGAACGCCGUGCAGGGCGACGAGGGCGACUACGAGUGCCACCUCAUCACCUUCCCCAUGGGCAGCUUCGAGGGGCGCCUCACCCUCAGGGUGCUGGUGCCUCCCCUGCCCAUCCUGAACCCGGGCCCGCCGCUGGAGGAGGGCCAGGGCCGCACGCUGGCGGCCUCGUGCACGGCCGAGGGCAGCCCGGUGCCCUCGGUGCGCUGGGAGACCGAGGUGCGCGGCACCAACGCCACGCGCCGCUCGGCCCACGCCCGCUCCGCCUCCGUCACCAGCGAGUUCUUCCUCGUGCCCGGGCGCAGCAUGAACGGCAAGAGCCUCACCUGCGUGGUGGCACACCCGGGGCUGCGCCACGAGAAGAGGAUCACCCACACCCUCAGCGUCGCCU